GAAAUUUGUAAUCAUGAUGAUGAUAUGUUUUAGUGUAAUAUUUUGCAUUGCCACAAACCUAUUGCAUAUACAACUCUUAACCUUGGUAGUUGAUCUGUAUUUGUAGUAAAUGCACUGAUAGCCAUCAAGGAAAGUUUAAUUGAUCCUAACAACAAUCUAAGGAACUGGAAUUCCGGUGACCCAUGUAUGGCAGAGUGGACUGGGGUUUAUUGUUUUGAUAGGGAGGAGGCUGAUGGUUACUUCCAUGUCCAAAAGCUCUACUUAAUGACUAUGAAUCUCUCGGGAAGUUUAGCCCCACAGCUUGGUCAGCUAUCUCAUCUUAAGAUACUGUCUUUCAUGUGGAACAAUUUGACAGGCACAAUACCGAAGGAAAUUGGAAAUAUCUUGCCAUUGGAACUCUUGCUCCUAAGUGGGAAUAAGUUAUCUGGUAGUUUACCAGAUGAGCUUGGCAACCUUUGGAAUUUGGAUAGACUCCAAGUUGAUGAAAACCAAUUGUCAGGUCCUAUUCCGGAGUCAUUUGGCAACAUGGCCAAAGUUAAACAUCUCCACAUGAAUAACAACUCGUUCUGUUGUCAACUUCCUUCCACGCUUUCAAAUCUGUCUAAUCUUGUGCAUUUGCUUGUGGACAACAAUAACUUAUCUAGUUACCUUCCAUCAAAUUUCUCUGUCUUACAACGGUUAAGAAUACUCCAACUUGAUAACAAUAAUUUCAACGGGAAUGAAAUUCCUUCCACGUAUGAAAACUUCUCCGGUCUAGUGAAACUAACACUGAGAAACUGUAGUCUGCGAGGAAAUAUUCCUGAUUUCAGUUCAAUAACCAACCUUAGCUAUUUAGAUCUUAGCAGGAAUCAGUUUACUGGAACUAUACCAUCAAACAAACUUGCAGACAAUAUGACAACUAUUGAUCUAUCAAAUAAUCUUCUCGAAGGACCAAUUCCUCUAAGCUUCAUAUAUCCCAAUCUUCAAAAACUUCAACAAUUUGACAAGGAAUUUACUAUUGAUGGAGUGUAUUUUAUAUUAUGUCGUUUUCAAAGUAAAUUCAUUUUCUUCUUCCUAUCUGUGUGCAGCAAUCUCGAAAAUAACUCAUUAGUUGACGUUUUGGGAAAUCUGAACCCCCCACCAAAUGUUACCUUGAGGCUUUAUGGCAAUACAGUGUGCGACAAUUCUAACAUAGAAAAUAUUGGUCAAUAUUGUGGACCUGGAGGAGAUGAAGAACAUGAAGUAGUCAGAAACCCAGAAAAUGCAUCAAAUGUCUGUCCAUUUCAAGAUUGCCAAGUAGAUAAUUCCUAUGAAUUAUAUGUACCCUCUUUCCCAAUUCCUUGCUAUUGUGCAGCUCCUCUGAUAAUUGGAUACAGGCUGAAAAGUCCAAGUUUUUCUUACUUUGCUCCCUAUUUUUCAAUGUUUGUAUUAUAUAUAACUGAUUCCUUAAGCUUAGAACGCUAUCAGUUAUCAAUAUCUGCUUGGGAAGAUGGAAACCGUAUAACCAUGUAUUUAAAACUGUUCCCUUCAUAUGAUUCCUACUUAAAUAUGUUCAACGAAAGUGAGGUCUCUCGUAUUAAAACCACAUUUACAUCAUGGGGAUUUCCUCCCAAUCAUUUCUUUGGACCAUAUGAACUCCUGAGCUUCACUCUUGUUGGACCUUAUGCAACUACUACUGAUUCAAAGAGGGGUGGAUCUAAUUCACUCAUAUUGGGUGCUGCUUUAAUAUCAGCUGUUGCUAGUAUUUUAGCAACAUCUGCUCUAAUCAUUUUACUGCUUUUUAGAAGACGUGCAAAAUAUCAGCACAUGAAUUCAAGGAAACAUAAGUCCCCUAGUAUACACAUUAAAAUAGACAGUGUUAAAGAAUUUAGUUUCAUAGAACUGGCUAUUGCUACGAACAAUUUUAGCAGCUCAACUAUAAUUGGCAAAGGAGGUUAUGGAGAUGUCCAUAAAGGCAUUUUGUCUGGGGAAACACUUGUGGCCAUUAAACGAGCAGCAGAAGAUUCCUUACAAGGCCAAAAGGAGUUUUUGACUGAGAUUGAACUUUUAUCGAGGUUACACCACCGAAAUCUUGUCUCACUGAUUGGAUACUGUAAUGAAGAAGAGGAGCAGAUGCUGGUUUAUGAAUUCAUGCCCAAUGGCACCCUAAGGGACUGGAUUUCUGGUAGAAGUGAAAAAGCCAAGGAAAGACAAAAUUUUGGUAUGGGGUUAAAAAUUGCAUUGGGUGCAGCCAAAGGCGUACUUUAUCUUCAUACAGAAGCUAACCCUCCUAUAUUCCACCGAGAUAUUAAAGCCAGCAACAUACUUUUAGACUCCAAAUUUACAGCUAAAGUAGCUGAUUUUGGACUUUCACGGCUUGCAACAGAAGGAUCUGGCACUAAAUACCUGUCAACUGUUGUGAAGGGAACACUAGGUUACCUUGACCCAGAAUAUGUAUUGACUCAUAAGUUUACUGACAAAAGUGAUAUCUAUAGCCUAGGAGUUGUGUUUCUGGAGCUUUUGACCGGCAUGCAGCCAAUCUCACGUGGCAAACACAUCGUUAACGAGGUUAAUGCGGCUUGUCGAUCUGGCAUGAUAUAUUCCGUUAUAGGGAAAAGAAUGGGGUUGUAUACAUCAGAUUGCUUGGACAAGUUUUUAACUCUGGCCCUCAGAUGUUGCGAAGAUAAACCAGAGGAGAGGCCAUCAAUUCUAGACGUGGUGAGGGAACUAGAAGAUAUUGCUGCAGUGCUAUCACAAAGUGAUGAAGCCAGAUUCCCAGAACCCAUAGAUAAUUCAGGUGAAAUGGCACCCUUAUCAUCUUCAGGAUCUAAUGCAGCAAGAGAGGAUCAACACAAGUAUGCGUAUGUGUCAGGAAGUAAUCUUGUCAGUGGUGUCAUUCCCACCAUUGUUCCUCGCUAAUAAUGUGCUAUGCCAUACCAGUUUCCUUCACACACUUCAAAUAUGUAAUUAUACAGUUUAAUGCUAGCAAGUUUGGGUGUAAGCUAUUUAAUUUCUGUGUGCUUAGUCGAACAGUGAAAGCAUUUUUUUUUUCAUAAUUACAAGUUUGCAUGUCAAAAUUGUUCCAUAUAUGGCAUGAACACUUUGUCUAGUAGUGCGGGGUUUGGAAUAAACUUAAAUGAAUUAGCCAUUAUGAGUCUUAUGGAUAAUGAAUAUAUUAGUUGUUGGAGUCUUAU